CGCCCAACAACUGCCGCCCCAAGCCAAGGGAAGGGAAAAGGCUAUCGUUCUCGUCAGUCGUCACGAGAGCCGCGACGGCGCGCAUGGCGGCGACGGCAGCGGCGCUCCGGUGCUGCUUCCCCGGAUCCUCCGGUGUCGGUAGUGGCUUCGUCAAGCCCAACUCCUCCAGGCGAGGCUGGUGCGCAGCGGCCGUGGCGGCGCCGUCGCGGGAGGCGGAACCGGUUUCGUCGCUGGGGCACCGCACCCGCGUCGACUUCCCCAUCCUUCACCAGGAAUUUGAUGAUGCCAAAUUAGUUUACUUCGACAAUGGUGCAACAUCGCAGAAACCAUGUAGUGUGAUGAAAACAUUAGAUGAGUACUACCGAUCGUACAAUUCGAAUGUUCAUCGUGGUAUCCAUGCACUCAGUGCGAAGGCUACUCAUGCAUAUGAGGAUGCAAGAAGAAAAGUUGCAAAUUUUGUCAACGCAGCUGAUAGCAGAGAGAUUGUUUUCACUCGUAAUGCUACUGAAGCUAUUAAUCUGGUAGCCUAUUCAUGGGGACUAUCUAACUUGAAAGAAGGAGAUGAAAAGACUGGUGCCACCUUAAAAUAUGUUGGAUUGACUAAAGAAAAUGUCCCAGACAUUGAGCAGUUAAAAGGGUUUCUGUCGAACAAGACAAAGAUAGUUGUUGUUCAUCAUGUCUCAAAUGUUCUAGGUUCCAUGCUUCCUAUCGAGGAGAUUGUAACAUGGUCAAACAGAGUUGGAGCUAAAGUCCUUGUAGAUGCUUGCCAAAGUGUUCCCCAUAUGCCAGUUGAUGUUCAGAAACUUGGCGCGGACUUUCUUGUCGCAUCCUCUCAUAAGAUGUGUGGCCCUACAGGCGUCGGAUUUUUGCAUGGUAAAUUUGAGAUUUUGUCGUCUAUGGAGCCUUUCUUAGGUGGUGGUGAAAUGAUUGCGGAUGUAUUCGAAGACAAAUCCACAUAUGCUGAGCCUCCCUCUAGAUUUGAGGCUGGAACUCCUGCAAUUGGAGAAGCUAUAGGACUGGGAGCAGCCAUCGACUAUUUAUCAUGCAUUGGCAUGGAGCAGAUCCACGAAUAUGAGAAAGAGCUGGGGACAUACCUCUACGAAAGCCUUCUCUCUGUUCCAAAUGUCCAGAUAUAUGGCCCGGCGCCUUCCCAGACUGUCCACCGUGCUCCGUUGUGCUCCUUCAAUAUCGAGAACGUCCAUCCUACAGAUAUCGCAGAGAUUCUUGAUCUGCAGCAUAGCGUAGCGAUUCGGUCGGGGCAUCACUGCGCGCAGAUCUUGCAUAGGACCCUUGGCAUCAACGCAAGUGCUCGUGCGAGUCUUCACUUCUACAACACAAAAGACGAGGUGGAUACCUUCGUCGACGCGCUUAAAGCCACCGUUGAUUUCCUCACGGAUCGAUACUAGUGCGGUUCAGUUCAGUUCCCUUUUUUUUUUGCCAGUUUCAUCGCUCUCUCGUUUGAACUGUUGUAUGCACACACAAAAAAGUAUGCAUAUAUAUUUGGUAUAAAGAAAACAUACAAAGUGUACGGCUUGGCAAAGUGAGCUCCCUUAUUUGGAGUUUUGGACUGUACUCCCUUAUUUGGCGGUUGUUGUUGAAUUAAACGUAGUUCA